CGCCCCUCCAUAACCACCACCCCGUCUCUUCCGCCUUUUUCUGCUUUCCCUCCUUCACCCAUCCGCCCCCCUGCUUUGUGAUUGCCUUCUCCCGAACCAACUCACACGCAGCCAUGGCUUCCUUUCUCCGCACCGCCGGCCGAGUGCAGCCUGCUCUCAGCACUGCAGCUCGCUUCUCCGCCCGCGUGCCAACCCGAGCAUUGGCCUCGCAGACGCCUCCCCGCCAGGCGACUGCAGCAGCCGCUCGCGCCCCCGUCGCCGAUGCCUACGAGCAGCCCUUCUUCCCCGACGAGCCCGCCGGCCCCGUCAUCCGCACCGCCAUCCCCGGCCCGGAGAGCAAGAAGGCCAUUGCCUACCUCGACCGCAUCUACGAGACCCGCUCGCUGAACAUGAUGACCAACUACCAGAACUCCUACGGCAACUACAUUGCCGACUUGGAUGGGAAUGUGCUGCUGGAUGUGUAUGCGCAGAUUGCCUCCAUCCCCGUCGGAUACAGCAACCCUUCGCUCAUGCUUGCCGCUACGAGCCCCGAGAUGGUGUCGGCGCUCAUCAACCGGCCUGCAAUGGGUAACUUCCCCCAGCACGACUGGGCGGAGAUUCUCGAGACGGGCAUGCUCUCUGUCGCGCCCAAGGGCUGCGACAAGGUCUUUACUGCCCUCGCGGGCUCGGAUGCCAACGAGCUGGCGUACAAGGCUGCGUUCAUGUGGAAGCGGCAGCAGCAGCGCGGCGGGCCGAACGUCGAGUUCACGGAAGAGGAGAUCAACUCGUCGAUGAACAACGCCCUGCCCGGCUCGCCCGACAUGUCCAUCCUCUCCUUCAAGACCGGCUUCCACGGUCGCCUCUUCGGUUCCCUGUCCACCACUCGCUCCAAGCCCAUCCACAAGCUGGACAUCCCCGCCUUCGACUGGCCCCAAGCCUCCUUCCCCAUGCUCAAGUACCCGCUUGAAGAGCACGCGCAAGAGAACGCACAAGAGGAGCAGAGGUGCUUGGAGGAGGUGGAGAAGCUCCUCACCACCUACCACAACCCCCCCGCCGCCGUCAUCGUGGAACCCGUCCAAUCCGAGGGUGGCGACAACCACGCUUCCCCCGCCUUCUUCCAGGGCCUCCGCGCCAUCACCCGCAAGCACGACGUGCUCCUCAUCGUCGACGAGGUGCAGACCGGCGUGGGCGCCACCGGCAAAUUCUGGGCCCACGAGCACUGGAACCUCCAAGACCCCCCCGACAUGGUGACCUUUUCGAAGAAGGCGCAAACGGCGGGCUACUACUUUGGCAACCCGGAGCUGCGCCCCAACAAGCCCUACCGCCAAUUCAACACAUGGAUGGGCGACCCCGCGCGCGCCCUGUGCUUCCGCGCCAUCAUCCGCGAAAUCGAGCGGCUCAACCUCGUGCAAAACACGGCCGAGACGGGCGACUACCUGUACAACGGCCUUGCGAGCCUCGCGCAGAAGUACCCCAAGGAGAUCCAGAACCUGCGUGGUAAGGGACAGGGCACGUUCAUUGCGUGGGACAGCCCGCGCCGCGACGAGGUGCUGCGCAAGGCGAAGGAGGUGGGCAUCAACAUUGGCGGUAGCGGAGCCGGCGCCGUCCGACUGCGGCCCAUGUUGAUCUUCCAGAAGAGACACUCGGAUAUCUUCUUGGAGGGCUUGGAGAAGAUUAUCAGUGCGUGAGGAGAGGGGGUGAAUUCGUGCUGAUUAAGGGUUCUGCUUGUUUCAUCAGGUUUAUGAAAGCAAAGGUCGGUGUGCCCCGGGAGGCUGCAUGUUCUUGUUGCUGUUUUCUGAGCGAUGUUGCGGGCGUUUAUGCCGUGGAUGGCGUGGAAUACGAGACUGUUCCUAGUGCAAUAUAUCUGCAUCUUUCUAAACCAUUUGCAUUAUAUCUGUUCUUGAUCUGCUCCAUCCACCGGCUCCACAUCCAAGCCUUGCCGCGUGCCGUGCUGAAACCCAACCCCAGACAUCGCAGACGUCAUCCGUGGAUUUUCCAAGGAAACC